UAGUGAAAGGAUGCCACACUUGUCAGGUACAUCGCAAAUUGCCGGCGUUGGCACCUCUGCAUCCGUGGGCACAAGCAGACAGAGCAUGGUCUCGCUUACACAUUGAUUUUGCUGGGCCGUUUCUUGGCCAGUCGUUCCUUAUCGUAGUUGACGCCUAUUCCAAGUGGCUGGAGGUGGACACUAUGACAUCUACGACGGCGCGCGUAACGAUCAAGAAGCUGCAGCGGUUAUUUGCAACACAUGGCAUUCCAGAGAUAGUAGUAUCUGAUAAUGGGGCUGCCUUUACCAGUGCUGAAUUUCGGCAAUUUAUGGAAGGAAAUGGCAUUAAGCACAUCUAUUCUGCGCCAUAUCACCCAUCGUCUAACGGGUUGGCAGAACGAGCAGUAGCAACCUUCAAAGGGGCUAUGAAGAGAAUGAAUUCGGAGUAUGGAUCAUUGGAGAGUAAAAUUGACAGAUUCCUGCUGCGGUACCGAAUCACACCACACGCUACCACUGGUGAACCACCGGCUCUCUUACUGUUAGGGCGGAUGCCGCGGAGUAGAUUGGAUCUACUACGUCCCGACUUGGCGGCCUAUACGUACAAGAAGCAGGAGCAACAAAGAAACGACCAUGAUAAGCGCAGUCGAGACCGAACGUUUGAGGUUGGACAGUUGGUGUACGUGAAAAAUUUUGGACAGGGCACGCCAUGGGUUAUGGCAACAGUGAAAGAAAGAACGGGUCCACUAUCAUUCCGAGUCAUGUUGCCUGAUGGUAGAAUGUUACGAAGACACCAAGAUCACAUUCGGUCGCGUCAACUGGAAGAUGACCCACUACCCAACGGCACACAUACAGACCCCACUGCAUCACCACCGGAGUCUAACAUGACGGAAGAACUGCCUUCAAUCGAGGUAACAAGUGAACCAGGAGGGAGCAUCUCGGAAACAAACGGUGACCACGGUGGUCAGGGGGAAACGGUUGGCCAUGAAGCAACCAGCAACAUGGAGCCGGCAUCAACCGGGGUCAGAAGAUCUGCUCGAGCAAGGAAGGCGCCGGACAGACUAGACUUGUAAACUAGCACUAUCAUACAAGUAGGGGUAAAAGACUUUAGGGGGAAGGGGUGUAGUAGGUUGACAUGCGAGGACGUGGGUCCGGUUGCGCGU